AUGCUACCAUAUUCAGAGGUCCCCAAUACUCCUUGCAGCUCCAUCUCUAUGGACUUUUUCGUUAGUUUGCCAGAAUCUGAAGCCUAUACCCGUAUCGGGGUUAUUGUUGAACGCUUUACAAAAAUCACCUACUUCAUACCGCUCAAGACCGAGGCAACAAUCAAGGAACUUUCGCAGAUAUUCCUUCAAGAAAUAUGCCGACUACAUGGACUAUCCGAAUUAUUCAUUUCUGAUCGGGACUUCAGAUUCGAAAGCAAGUUCUGGCAUUCAUUGAUCAAGCUUCUCGGA